CGCGCAACUGCGGGUGAGUUCGAGAUAAACGUGAAAAGUGAAUUGUGAAUUUUGCCGCGUCCUGAGCUGCGCCGCGCUGUGCAGUGCUUCUCAAGUGUUCUCGCUGACUCAGCGGUGUCAUUGGAUUUUUUUUUCAGCCAACCCACCUGGCAAGAUGGCAAGGAUAAGUGUGCUGCUGCUUCUUUUCGGGGCUUGCGCGCUGUGCCCAUCAACUGCGAACGGCCAAGCUAUGGCGCCAAUCCUGUCCCUCCUCUUCAACUCUCUUCAGCAGCAAGUUAAGAUAGCGAGGCAGCGACAAGGAGUUGAUUUCAUUGUCCCCGAGCCGCCUCCAAAUUUGUUGGAGCAGUGCCGCCUGGCCAGGUUGCAAUCGUGCGAAACGCACUUUGUCCAAACAUCUGACGGCUACAUUCUGGAAUUACAUCACAUCCCUCCAGCCACCGCCGGUGCGAUCCCGGUGCUGGUGUUGCACGGCAACUUCGGCACGAGUGACGGCUUCCUCAUGCGCACAGACCAACCCAACCUUGCUACAAGUCUGCACGAGGCUGGCUACGACGUCUGGCUCGGCAACUGGCGUGGUUCUUUUCGUUCCAAGAGGCAUGUGCGGUUGAACUCGUCUGACCCGGCAUUCUACAACUUCAGUAUGCAGGACAUCGGCGGCAUCGACGUACCAACCUUCAUCGAUUUCAUCCUUGACCGCACAGGACAGCCCUCCCUGCAUCUCAUAAGUCACUCCAUGGGAUGCCCUGUCACUCUUAUCGCACUGUCAACGCGUCCGGAGUAUAAUGCCAAGGUGCGUUUUGCGGCGCUCAUGGCUCCAGUGAUUUGGCCACGCAACACGCUGCAAGUGCUGGCUACCCUCCUGUUCGACGUGUUUUCCAACGAGCUUCGGGCGUUUAUGAAUCUAACCAAGCUCUGGAACCUGAUUCCAAGAUCGGCGUUUUUCCACAACUUGGGAGACUUGAUGUGCAGAGACAAUUCACCGCUGAUCGAAACGUGCUGGUGGGGAUUUGAGCUGAUAUUCGGCAAGUCGCACCCUUCUCAGCGUAUGAAGGAGUUUAUUCCAUCCGUAUUGGCCACUCACCCAGCAGGGUCUACUUUCAACAUCCAAACCCAGUACGCCGUAUUCAGCAUAACCGGCCGGUUCCGACCUCUAGGGAAGGGAAUCAGAGAUCCACAACCUCCUCCCGAUUACAACCUCACAGCAAUCACCACACCUGUCGGACUCUACUAUGGAGCCACUGACGCAACCAUGGCAGUAAAGGAUAUGGUCCGCUUGGAGCGGGCCCUCCCGGUCCUAGAAGACAGCUACCUCGUUCCUCUGAAGCACUUCAGCCACUUCGAUUUCCUCACAGCAACAGACGGCCGCAGUGUCCUCUACGACCGCAUUAUUCAGAAGAUGAAGACUGCAGAUUACAGAACGACUUACGCUUAAAUUUAGGUAUUUAAGUUCUGCAAUAAAGACCUAAGAUAUUGACUGUUUCUAUCUGAUAACUGAAUCGUACGGAGAGAAUGUUUCUUUACCGCAUUCCAUAUGUGAUGUGAAAAACGCUGAAUAGUGUUUUACAGAAUAAAUAUAAUCAAGAGGCCCCUCCCCUAUAGAUAAAAACCACAACACGCCUACAAAAA